CGUCAUGCUACAGGAAGUACACAGCUCACAAGAUGGGUCUUGUUCAUUGAGAGAUUGAAACAGUUUGGAUGUUACUGUUGUUCAAUUUUAAGUAUACUAAGCAUGCUGCAAGGUCUGAUGCAUGAUUGACAAGCAUUCCUCAGUAUGGCAGAGGUGCUGGGACAGAGGUGUUUAUUGGGCCUUGGCGUACUGUUGGCUUGGCUUGUUCUUUUCCAUCUGCUUGUUAACAUCUGGCUGCUGUGCGUGUUCACCAGCCUGCUUGUGGUACUUGGGGGCUGGCUGGGCUCACAGGCCAUCCUGGAAUCCAACAGCGUGAUUCACAUGGAGAGGUUUUUCACUCUGGAACAGAUUCUUUCCACUGAGGAGGAUGAGCAUCUCUUGGACCAAGAAAUCCACAAUUCAGUGAGGAAGAUUAUCAGGGACUUUGUUUCUUCUUGGUACAAGACUGUUUCCUCUGAGAGUGGCUUUGAAAAUGAGGUUCAAGAGGCUAUGAUUUCUAUGGGCAUGGAGCUGAAGAUCCGUGCAAAGCAAUUAGACAGAAAGAGACUGAGCCAGAGGAUCUUGGAAAUGUUUGGCUGCCAUCUGCAGGAUUACCUUCGAGCCAAGGAGCUGGUUGCCCAGCGGCAGGGGUCUCCAACUACAAAAGUGAAUAGUGAGAGGGAAAGGUUGUGGCAGGCCUAUUCCAGGGUUACCACACCUCAUUGUGUUAUGACCAGCGAGACAGUGGAAGUCAAUUACACAAGAACUCUGGUGGACUUAUUGCUGCAUGUUUUAGUACCCCCGCCUCACUUGGAAACAGGCACAGGACGAUUUGUUGUUGGAGAACUCAUCACCUGCAAUGUCUUGCUCCCUCUUUUUGAUAAAAUGUCUGACCCCGACUGGUUGAAUCUUUUCAUGAUAGACAUAUUUGGCAGUUCUAAUAAAUCAAGGGAGAUGAUUAGAGAAGAGACGCAGGAUUUGUCAGUACCGCUUCCCUGUGCCGAAUUAGAGCUCACUUUACCACAAGAGACUACUAACGCCCAGCAAAGCAAUGCUGAUGUCCCUCCUCCAAAAGCUCAAACAGAAAGGGAACAUUCUGUAGACAUGAUCUUGCCUGAACUCUCUAUGCACGAUGGGACGGAUUCAGAGGAGGUCUAUUGUCAACAGAACAAUAUUGAAGAUACAAGUCAGACCUUAAGAAAUUCUUUGAGUGGAAUCAACUCGAAUUCCUUUUAUCAAGAAAAUGAUUCCGACUUGGAAUCUCCAUUAGGCAACUACAAACUGAGUUCCAUCGACUCCUUGGUCAUGACAGAAGAGGAUGCCUUGUGUGACCAACCUAAGGAAUGUGGAAUUGAAAGCAACAAUGGUCAAGACUUGGAGGGUCUUUGUUCCAAUCAAUUAGAUGUUUUCUGCCCAAUAGUCUUGUUGAAUUCAGACACAUCAGAGCACUCAAAUUGCUCAUUGGAAAGAAUGAAAAAUCCCUCAGUCAGCAGGCUUCAGAACUUGGAAAGUGAAGGUAGCUUCUCUUUAGAAAGCCAAGCAAAGGAGCUUCCUCUGGGUGUUGAACCAAUGAGGAACACCAAUGAACCAACUGUCAUAAGCCCAUUGCAUGGUUCGUCCCCCUUGCCUUCAUUCAGUUUUGAGCCUCUAAGCAGCCCCGAUGGACCGAUCAUUAUCCAAAACCUUCGUAUUACUGGCACAAUCACAGCUAAGGAACACCGUGGGACUGGCUCACACCCGUACACACUUUACACCAUCAAGUAUGAGACAGCGAUGUGUUGUGAUAACCCAGAGCGUAUCCAGUCAUUCUCAGAGGAUGGAGACACAUUGCACUCAAGUUUUGAAAGUCCAUCUUCCAUUCACCCAGUGGCCUACCAUAUGGUCAACAGACGAUACAGUGAAUUUCUUAACCUACAAGCACGCGUGGAAGAGAGAACAGAACUAAAGAAACUCAUCAAAGGUGUAAAAGGUCCAAAGAAAAUAUUCCCGGACAUGCCCUUUGGAAACAUGGACAGUGACAAGAUAGAGGCCAGAAAAGGAAUGCUGGAAACCUUUCUAAAGCAUCUUUGUACUAUUCCCGAAAUAGCCAACAGUGAACAGAUGCAGGAGUUUCUGGCACUUAAUACCGAUGCCCGGAUUGCCUUCGUCAAGAAACCUUUUAUAGUUUCCCGCAUUGACAAGAUUGUGGUGAAUGCAAUCGUGGACACUCUGAGGACAGCGUUUCCUCGUUCAGAGCCUCAGAGCCCAACUGACGAAAAUGAAGGCGACCUGGAUGUGGGGAAACUUAAUACUGAUAAAAAGAGCAAGUCACGGCUGAAAUUCUCCAGCAAAAGCAUCCCAUUUAUGAAUGGCUCUGAUAUAAGAGCACCUGUCCUGUUUAGCUUGGAACAAACUCAUACAGUGUUUAAUGGGAUGUCUUUGGAGGACCUGCAAAAUUUUAUCUGUCGAGAAGAGAAUCUGUCUGCCACAUCUUUGCCAAAUUGCAGGGACAGUCCAAUUGUUACACAAUACAGACAGAACGACUGUACCAUCAGGAAGCAAAGACAAGGACUUGCGGGCACAGGUGCAGCUGAGAUGGCAUUGGCUGACGUCACUUUGAACAUCCUGUGUCUGAUCAUGAGAGAGCAGUGGAGUUGGCUGUGCACUGAGAACAUUCAAAGGACCAUCAGGUUGCUGUUUGGGACCCUUAUUAACAGCAAAGAGAAUUGCUGGAAACUACGUUUGAACUCAGACGGUAGAUUUUGCCAGGUCGGGACCUGAAAAAACGUUUUUCCUAGUGGAGAUUCCACAGAGAGGGAAGAUGUUUACAAGCCAGAGAGACACAGCGGACAUUAUGGGUGUUGGGAGAGUUUAUAGGGUUGAUGAAAACUGAAUUACUGGCCGCUGCAAUGUUUUUCCAAAAAUAAGCCAGGUUAGUGGAGGUUGCUUUGAUUUUUGAUAUUUUUAUGAUCUUCCAUUUUAGAUUUGUUGUAAAAUAAAAACUGCAAUGAAACACUGUCUGUACAUUACAGCACCAGUGACCUUGAACAAGUUGUCCCGUGAUAAACUACCCAAACAUUUGUUUCGAUAGGUAUGUCAAAUAGCUGCCAGUAAACUAAUAUGCCGACAGUGCCGUCCACUUCUGGCCUUCUAGUCUAAUAGUGUAUGACCUGAUGCUCCCUAGGGUGUCGGUACCAAAAUAUUGUUGCUUCAUUUUGAUACGGUGUCCGCUAUUUUAAAUAGUUCCAACGGCCAAGCAUGACAGGCCUUGUGCUUUUAUUUGACCUCGCCUAUAUUAGGCAGCAGUCUGUCAGCGCUUCAGUGACAGGUUUGUGUGGCAGGUUUUUCCUCUCAUUUAUCAUAUCGUUGGACAGCACACAGGAGCAUCUUCUCCCCUACAUUUAAGAAUGGGUGGGAUUUUUCUUCUUAGAAUGCUAUCAGGAAGGAACACUGGUUGCAGCUGUGGAGACAAUCUGGCUUGUUGUUAUGAUCCUAAUUUUACAAUAAGGUUUUCAGAGUAACCCCUUUGGCAUGGGCUGUGAUUACUUAAUACAGUUGCCUAAAUCUGAUUCCAAAUCCUGGCACAAACAUCAACAAACCUUAAAGUAGUUCACUGGGUUUCAACAUGUUGUAGUGGUCCCCCCCCUUCCAAUAUUUGAGAUCUAGUCAGCGAUCUAGUUAAUUCAUAGUAAACUUAUUUAGUGUUUCAUUUCCAAGUUAUGUAGGAAGUAUAUCAAUUUACCCCUCUCUGGCUUUGUGUUGGAAUGUGUGUUUGCUUCCUUUACAGUACAAUAUAUUUAUCCUCUCUGAAGUUCAAAUGGUCCUGCAGUGCCCCCAGUCCUCUUCUGCACCUGUCUCUAAAUGACUGAGUGAUUCUUUAUUUUUACUUCCUAAAAUGGCAUAUUAAUGCUCAUAUAAACACUUCAAAUUGGACUGCGAGUCUUUGAUGACAACUUGAUAUCCUAGGUGAGGAUGAGUGGAGGAUUCAAAGCCUGUCAGCAGUUGUCCUUUGGGAAUGACCUCAAUCCUUCAGUGCCCCCCCACACACACUGUUUGUGGAGGGAUGUUUCUCUGGCAUUGAGUUUUUGCUUGAGGUUCAAUUGCUGUAAAUGAAUGUGACAUCUUACUGUACUAAGGAGUCAAUGACCAUAACAUUGUUUUUGAACUAAAAACCCCAAAACCCCGUUUCUGAGUAUGUGGUUAUUCGCCAACACGAGGUAGAAGGCCUAUUUUUGUAAGGACUGUUCUAUAUAUUAAGGCCAUACAAACAUGCGUUUUUUCUAUAAUUAUAGGCAAUGUCUAAUUUGCUCAUUAUAGUAAUUGGUUAUGCUUACUUUUUACACGAUGCAAAGGUUUAUUCAAUUGGGAUGGUAAAAAGGUGCUUAUUAAUGGAGAAGAAAAAAGCAAGGUGUGAUACUAAUGACCUUAGACACAACACAACUGUGUCUCUUCUAAUACCAUGUUGACCAGAUCAAUUUGAAGUAACAGGUCGUUUACUGUUUAGUCAGCUGCAGACUUGGAAAAGUUGAGGAAAAGCCCAGAUUCACCCAAUUUACCACAUCCAAAAAUAUUUAUUACCAUGUAUCUGUUUUUGAUUUACAGUAUUAGCAGGCUUCCUAGUGUAGCCAUUUGUGUUUGGGUUUGAUGAGGCCUGAUUUGUUACCUGUCAAAUGACUAACGGUCUUCCAGACGGGAUUUUAACAGCAGUAGUUCCAAGAGUCUAUGAUUUUGGACAGUGUUUCAACUGGCACUUCUUACUAAGAGAACCUUUUUUUUUCACCAUACGCUAACUCAACAUGCUUGUCAGUAAAAUGGUAAGUUAAAGAUGAUUCCCUGGAAAUCUGGUCUUUAUUAUUUGAUGAGUUGGUUUUUGCAGUUCAGAUGCCGUUUUUUUUUAGGUUUUGUCUCGUUCAUUGGUUAUAUUGGGUCAUUAAUCUCAGUCCUAAUGGCAGCAGGAAUUCACUCCCUGGCAAUUUUUGUCUGACCAGUAAGCUAUACGUAACAAAUGUGCAAUUGAUGACAAGAUGCGACGAGAGAAUUGGAUAAAAAGAU